CCGCUGCCAGUCUCAGUUUGGCGGAGCUGACGCGGUGAUUUGCGUUCGACCAAACUUAGUUUUUAGUGUUGUUUUUGCAACCUCCGGAUUCCCUCUCUGUUCUUCGGCCCCUUGAAGCGACCACUUGACAUUGUCGUCCCGAGCCAGCGUUCAAAGUACUUGCAAGAGGCGAAAUGAGAAGAAAACCUCCUUUCUGCGCAUAACAGUCAAGGAAAUUACUUUUGCCUGUUAGAUCGUCUUGAUUUUAAAUAAUCAAAGAUGGUCCAGAAGUACCACUCCCCCUUGCGGGUGUACAAAUACCCCUUUGAACUGGUUAUGGCGGCGUACGAGCGUCGCUUCCCGUCGUGUCCCCUCAUCCCCAUUUUCGUUUCUUGCGAAAUCGUGAGGGAAGAGACGAGCCCUGACGGUUCCGAGACGGUGAUCGAACGCCGCUGCAAACUCAACGUCGACGUGCCGUACCUGCUGAAGAAAAUAAUCGGCGUUGACUUUGUCUACUUCAUUCAGAGAAACACGCUCAACAGGCGGAAGAGACGACUUCUGAUCGAGGCUUGGAACGAGACGUUCUCCAAUCGUGUCGAAAUUUUUGAAACCUGUGAAUAUUUUGUUCAUCCGGAGAGUAAUGAUUGGACUUGCUUCGAGCAAGUGGCAAACUUUGAGAUCAAGUCAUUUUUGGGGUUCGAAAACGCCAUUGAGAAAGUAGCCAUCAAGCAGUAUUCUGCAAACAUUGCCAAGGGAAAAGAAAUCAUCGAGCAUUUCAUCAAGGAGUUGGCAAAAGAAGGCGUAACAGAAAUUCCCGUUUGGCAAGAAGAUGUUUGUUCAACCAAAAGCGAAGCUGGAAGCGACGAGACGAACGAAAAAUCUCGAAACGAAGAAAUGCAAACACCCAACGCGGAAGAGGUACAGGUGAUGCUGGCAGAGGAGUUGACCCUAGGUGCCUCGGCGUCUGAUCUUAUUCGCCGGCACAGCGUGUCGCAAAGCCUCGGAAGUGGCGACCACAAAUCGUUUCAGUUAGACCACGACUACAUUCAGAUGUACCUGGGCAAGCUGACGAUGAUGCAGGAGUCCAAACUGGUCCAGCUCCGGGAGUGCAUGGCCGAGCUGCAGAAGGGCAAGGCCCUACCGGACAGCACUCUUCUCCGCUUCCUGCGCUCCAGGGAAUUCAAUCUGGAGAAGGCCAGGGAAAGUUUGUGCCAGAGCUUGCAGUGGAGGAAAAAGUACCAGGUUGACAAGAUUCUCAGUGAAUAUACCUGCCCUGAGGUGGUCACCACCUAUUUUCCUGGUGGCUGGCACCACACUGAUUCAGAGGGAAGACCUCUUUACGUCCUUCGAUUGGGCCAAAUGGACGUGAAAGGGCUGGUUAAAACCAUUGGAGAAGAUGGUCUUCUCACUCUGACCCUUCAUGUGUGCGAAGAAGGCCUCCAGCUGUUGGACGAGGCGACGAGGAGAGAGGGUCGCCCGAUUUCCAACUGGUCUUUGCUGAUCGAUCUCGAAGGGCUGAACAUGAGGCAUCUUUGGAGGCCUGGAAUCAAGGCUCUUCUGAGAGUGAUUGAGAUUGUCGAGGCGAACUAUCCAGAAACCAUGGGCAGAGUUUUUACCGUCCGAGCCCCGAGGGUGUUCCCUAUCCUGUGGACUUUAGUCAGUCCCUUUAUUGAUGUAAACACCAGAAGCAAGUUCUUGUUCUACGGCGGCAACGAUUACCAAGCAGAAGGCGGCCUGAUGGCUCACAUCCCCCAGGAGAUACUUCCAGACUUUUUGGGAGGAACAUGCUCUAGUCGCAUAGUGGAGGGUGAAUUGGUUCCUAAGUCGCUCUAUCUGACCGACGACGCCGAGUGGGAGCGUCCGCUGAAGGAAGACAGCAUCUACCACUGUGUUUCCUUGACAAAGGGACAGGUCCACGAGGUUAUUUUGUUGAGCGAGGACGCAGGCAGCGUCAUAACCUGGGACUUUGAUGUUAUGAAGCAUGAUAUCAGUUUUCGUGUCAUCUUCACUCAGUCUCGCAUUGAGGAGGAGUCUAUCACGUCAGGAACCUCGAUUCUGGAGCGUCUAUCGACUGGUGGCGAAGAGUACGAGUUUGUCGAGAGCCAACUGGUUUGUCACGACGGCGAGAGCGUGCAGGGUAGCCACGUAACGGCGCACGCUGGCUGCUACAUCCUGCAGUGGAAGUUCCACGUGGCGCCUCACAAGAACAGUAGCCAGGGCGCGUCUGAAUCGCAGAAGGCCCACAUCAUGUAUUACACAGAACAUCUCAGCUCGGAGCACUACAGGGGGUCUUUGUCAAGCCUGCAGUCGAGCAACAGCCAGCAGACGGCUCCCAGCACGUCGUCCACCGCUUCAAGAUAAAAGAAAUUUACUCUGCACCGUUAGUUUUAGACAAGCUUUUCUGAUUUUUCAGUUUUAUGUUGAUGGGUUAGAGAAAAUAAUGUAGAAAAUCUGUUCGUUCAGAAAGUGUAAUUUCCCGAAGUCCGCGCAUUUUAUUAGCCGAUGAAUGCAGAGUACAAAAUGAAGGUUUUACUCCCUCACAUCUACUUCCAAUAAGAGAAAAUUUAACCAUUCCAUGAAAAACCGAUCCAUUUGCCUCAAGAAACAUAAUAAUUAUAUAAUUAAUAGUUAGGUGUGUACAUUGUGUGGUCAAUGUUCGUAAUACUCCAAAACUAUAGAUCUUUUGAUCGAAUCCAGGCCAGAAUCUAAGCAUUUUCAAACAUUUAUUUUCAAUUUCAUUAAUUUUCUAUGAACACUGCUUCCACAGUUGAUUUUAACAAAUCUGGCUCAAGUUAUUGCGGUCUUAACUGGAUACUCCAAUUAAUGAAAUAAGGCAAAAAAACAACAAAAAAUCUGCUGCUGUGCGGCCAUAAAAGUGAAAUCAGAAUGUAUUUUAAAAUUAUUGCAUGAAUACCAUCGUAAUUAUAUUUUACUCUUUAUGUUGUAUUAAUCAAUUUAAUGUGACUAUGUGAUUUUAGUUUUUAAAUGAAUCAGCAUAGAGCACGGUGAGCUUGGUUUUAUUGCAGUAUGUUUAAGUUUAAUGAUGUAUUGUAGAACGUCGUACGUCGUGUUUAAAAUUGUUCACACUAUACGCAGAACACACAUCAUGUACCAUAAACUUAUGCGUUAUUGUAAAAAGUCGAAAAUAAAAUUUGUAGUGACAUGAAAAUGUAAAAAGCC